AUGGACAAGUUCCUCCGUACCUGGAGACAGGACGCUCUCAAUAGAGGACAACACGAUGCCGCGGUCUAUGUCGGGGACAAGGUGCUCGCGCUUUCUAAUAACGAUGCCGACGCCUUCUGGCUUGCACAAGUUCACUUUGGCAACCACAACUACACGCGAGCACUUCCUUUACUGUCCAGAAAAGACCUGGUCGAGCGAAGUCUAUCCUGCCGAUAUCUUGCCGCCCAUUGCUACGUCAAACAAGGUCGCUAUGAGCAGGCACUAACUCUCCUUGGUGAAGAAGAUCCUGUCCAUCUUAUUCCCACAAGUCAGCACGUCAGACGAAAACUCGCCCAUGUCAAUGGGGCAGGGAGACAUGGAGUCAAGGGAAUUCGUGGUCAAAGAGAUCGCAUCGAAGCCAGUGAAGAGCGUGAACGAGACCGAGAGCAGGAGAAAGAGCUGAAAUUCCAGGCAGGCAUGUGUUACUUGAGAGGUCUAUGCUAUGCCAAACGCAACGCCUUCGACCGAGCCAGGGAUUGCUACAAGAAUGCUGUGAGGAUAGAUGUCCAGUGUUUCGAAGCGUUCGACGAGUUGAUGAAGAACUCUUUGAUGUCCCCUGCGGAAGAGAUGGCAUUUUUGGAGGAGCUCGACUUUGAGUCAAUACGAAUCGACGACCAGUCUAAUGCUGCAGAAGCCGCCGAGUUCACCAAAAUGCUCUACACUACCAGGCUGUCCAAAUAUGCGUCGCCAGCAUUACUAGCACACGCCACCGAGACACUCUCUACGCAUUACAAUUUAGCAUCAAAUCCCGAUCUCCUGCUCACCCGAGCCGAAACGCUCUACACGCAGUGUCGUUUCCACGAAGCCCUUACGAUCACAACCGACAUCCUCAAUUCCAAACCAGACUCGGAAACGCUGACGGAUCAGACAGACAGCAAUACAGCUGCUUCUUUAGGCCACAGUCGACAGCUGUAUCCCCUUCACCUGGCCCUUCUUUAUGAGACGGGUUCUCACAAUACGCUAUUCCACCUCUCUCAUACGCUGUCCGUCCACGCUCCCCACGAAUCAUACACGUACCUCGCAAUUGGUACAUACUACUUCUCAACGUCCAGGAUAGCGGAAGCACGCCGAUUCUUCUCCAAAGCUUCCUUGAUGGAUCCGCACUCUCCCGCUGCAUGGAUCGGGUUUGCCCACACCUUCGCUGCGGAGGGCGAGCAUGAUCAAGCAAUUGCUGCAUACUCAACGGCAAACCGCCUCUUCCAAGGUAGUCACCUUCCACAGCUGUUCUUGGGGAUGCAGCAUCUGGCUUUGAACAACAUGCAGCUAGCAUGGGAAUAUUGUAUCAACGCAUUUGAGAUGAGCACCGGAGUUGCGAGAUCAAAGGCGCCAGGUGAGGUAGAGAUCAGCACCAAGAUGUUUAACUCACGCGACUUGGGGGGUGAUCCUUUGGUUCUCAACGAAAUCGGUGUAAUUUUGUAUCAUCAGGCAAACCUACCGGCCGCUGCACGGCUAUUCAAAAAGGCACUUGAGUUGGCGGCAGACCUCGGCUGCAACAUGACUGCUUGGGUGGCGACUCGAGCGAACCUUGCUCACACGCUGCGGCGACUGCAGCGUUUUGAUGAGUCCCUGGCCGAAUUCGAUGAGUGUCUGCGAACCGCCACUGGCGGUGCAUCAACAGCCACAGCAUUUGAGCCCGGAUCUAACGUUGCUGCCUUUGCGAGUAUAAGUAUUGCUGAUGCCUCCGCAUCGAAUGCAAGCGGCGCAGCCAGCGGCUAUGACGAGCGAAAUCUGAUCGGAAGCAUCCACACCAGUCGAGGCAUAGUGCUGCUCUCCAUGAUGGGACGGACAAGAGAGGCCGUCAUGGCCCUCCACGAAGCGGUCAGAAUCUUGGGCGGUGAUGCUGGGGGUGGUGGAGUAGCUGGAACGCUGCUGAGCAGAGCGAUGGAGAUCUGGACGCUCGAGGACAACGAUAAUGAAGAGGACGAGGAAAAUACUGCGCCUACAAGGAAUGUCAACACCCGGACACGCCGAGGACGCGGCAAAGAUCCUAUGAGGCCGCCGGGACCCGGAGACCCUACUCACGGCGGCAUUCUAAUGAAUGCUGUGGGCCAUGAGAGAACGGUCGCGAAUGUGUUGGAUGCUAGUGCAGACGAGAUCUUGGACGCGGCGUACAGGUCGGUUCAAUAA